UUUUUUACAAAGGCAACCCAUCACGUCAUGUCACUUGUGUCAUUUUCGAAUUUUUAAGUUCGCAAUGUUCUCAUGUUUUUCUAGGUUAUUUUAACCUGUUUAUUUACAUAUAAAUUCUCAUUAAAUUAAUCUAAUUAAACAAUAACAAUGAAUCAAAUAUUGAAUAAAGUUCGCGAUGUAGACCCUAAUAAUAGUGAAGCAGUGAAGGAAACCUUGACUGGCUUCUUUCAGAAGCUCGACAAACAUACUGAGGCGGAUUCUAUUAGAUGGCUUCGUGCGUUAGAAAGUAUAAUCAACCGGUUCCCAAAGUACUGUAUGUCACAUAGAAACACAAUAGAAAAUGUUUUGAUGGAUUUUUUGGACUCUAAUCAUUAUUAUAAUGUAAUUGAAGCUGCUAAAUGUGCACAUGUAUUACAGCAAGUACGUCCCACUCAGGAAAAAGGUGCUACACCAAAAAGUAGUUGGCGAGAUCAAAUGCAGGCAUUGUGCAGUGCAGCAUAUAAACUAGUUGAUUCAAUAUUUCCAAAUGUUGUGGACAUAUAUGGAAACAAUGAGAGCUGUGAUGAUAAACAAAACACAUUAAGUAACUCUCCACUACAUUUGGCGCUGCAAAAUAUUGACAAAGUAAAACAACAGGAGAAGAAUGUAUCAAAGAGAUCUAUACUUUUCACGAGGCUUAAAAAUAUAUUAGUUUUUAUUCAGGCAAUGCUUGUAGAAAUAUAUCCAGUAGCCAAACCAAUUCAGCCACAGAUAAUUCUAAAAGUAAUUGUGCGAAUCUUAAGUGUGACAAGUAUUAAGCAACCGAAUGAGUUUGCAGCCAACAUAGCCACAACCAAGACAUACGCUCUAAGGACUUUGGACGCUUUAAUUGCAUGUCUGAAUUCAAACCUAAUACCAUUUUCUGCCCUAGUCAUUAGAGCCAUUAUGCAAACACUUAAAUGGAGCACAGAGAAUCCGUAUAAAGAAGCAAGCCAAGUCCGCUGCGCAGCGUACAACAGUUUCUCCAAAUGGUUGACUGUACUGCACACACAACGCAUCGCAAACGAAAGGCGAGGCGGCGGUGGCAGCUGGGAUGACGAGCUCACCUCAUACAUACUCGCCGAUAUCACACCACAGCGACAUCUGGUUCAGCUUACUAUGUCGUCGCAAUCAACGAAGCAUUUGAGCAAGAAAGCGAAAAGGAAAUUAGCGAAUUCAAUGCUAGAGAAAAGUACAAUAGCAUCACAUGCACCGGGAGAGAAAAACAAAAUAGCUGUAUCUGAAGAAACAAAUGACGAAGUGGCAAUUGCAGCAUUAGAAUGCGCUGAAUUAUUCCUCACUGUUUGUGGGAUAUUUUUGAAAUCCUCCAUUCAUAAACUGUUCCAAGAGCGAUUAGUCCGCGAAUGCUACACCAUCAAUAGUUAUUCCAGUGAACGCACUAUAGCGCUGCUUCGCGCGCUGGAAGCGGCCCGCAAAUCCACCGGUCCAUCAGUACCGCCACCGACACAGUACUGUCUACACCUUUACAGCAAUAUGGUCAAUUCACAACAGCCAGAGGUUUCCAAAUUUUGCUCUCAAGCUCUACUGGACAUUCGACUACACCUCCACUGUUCACCGCCUUCGUUUAAUUUUGCCGUAGCGGUUUCAGAAGAUAAACAGAAUAAAGUAGACAACAAGAGAAAAAAGAUGUCAGAAAGAAACAGAGCUCAAUUGGAAGCUUUGUUAGGUGCAAAUAUGAUGCCUUCAGAAAAUUCAGACAGUGUUAUAACCAUACCAGACGAACCUUCUAAGAAGAAACCACGUUUAGAAGAAGAUAUUACUACUUUAAGCAGUGAUUCUGUAAGCUCAGUGGAGAUAAGUGAUGAAUCAGAUGAAGAUAAUGUUAUUGAAGUGAUAAAUGUAGAAAUGAAUAAAGGAAGUAAUGAAAAAAUUAAUGAAGAUGAAGAAAUGAACAAAAUGCAAAUUCAGUUGCAAAAUGAACCAGUAAAACCGACCUUUAUUGAUGAAGGCUCUGAAGAUCUAGUAGAGAAACCUAAAAGUAAUGCAAUCACUGAGCAAGUAGUAAAUGAGUCAAAUAAACUUGUAAGUAAUCCAAACAUCAUAGAACAAGAAAAGGAAAUUGAACCUGAUUCUACGGCAGUAAAUAUCGAUGUUAUUGUUGAACAAAAUAAUAUUGCCAUUGAAGUAGAUACAACAAACAUAUAUGAAGCCAAAACACAAUUGCCCCUUAAUAUAUCUAAUGAAACAACAGAUGGGGAAGAAAUGGCGCUUUCUAUUGAAGUAGCUUAUGAUUUGCCAUAUUCUGAUAAAAAGGUUCCAGUAUUAGGAAAAAUGGACGACGAAAAUCUACCAAGCACAAAUGAUACAGAUGAUAUACAAAUAACAUGUGGACAAGUAGCCAAAUGUUCUCAAGAGGCAGAAACGGAAAAAUGCAAGAUUGAUCAGAAUCAAUCAUCUCAUCAGAAUGAGAAAAUCGAUGAACCACCUAAAGUUAACGGUUUUAAAUCACCAAAAAAAGUUAUAAAUGAUAAUACCUCGGUUGAAACAGAAAAUAUAAUUAAUAAAGUUGCAGCUAAUAAAGAAGUAUCAGUUGAAGAUAUGUUGGCCGAUUUUGUUGAUGAAGUUAACGACGAAAGUAAUUGCAUUAAUUAAUUAAUAUAAUUUUAUGAAGCUUAAUUUUUGCAUUGGUGCCAAGUUGUAAUAAGUAAGGACAUAUAUUUUUAAACCAUAUAAAGUGAAUCUAUGAUUUCAAAUGCUGAUAAACUUUUAUUGUUUGUUAUAAAAGCAAUUCAUUUAAUAAAAUUCUGCUUUCGAAU